CAGACGAUGGCCACGUCAAUUUUGCACGAGUCUGGCAAGCCCGGAGCCACACGAUACCGAAUCCACCAUUCGAAUCCACCAUUCACCUUCGGGCGAGAUUACUAGAAAGCGGAUGGUGGCUAGCGUCUGGCGUGAUGACGCGUCUCUAACAUCCGAGUCCCAAUCUCACUAGGUCCAUCAGAUAACCACUGGCGCUAAGGACCAUGAUCAAGGCAGAAGAUUUUCUUCUGUCAAAAGAUAUCUUUUGCACUGCUCGCUUGAUCAUUUGAUCUUCUAUUGGGAUCAUAUCCUGGAAAUCAAAGAGCUCUCAAAACCAUGCGCUCGUCGCAGUCUCUACUGGCGAUAUGCUCGCUGCUGAGCUUAUCGGGUGGAUCUGCAGCAUCUGCAGACUCUGAUGCGGUGAUCCAAAACGCCAACCACAUUUUCAAUGUGAUCCAAGAUUCCAUGCGUCAAUGGGGUUCGUCACUUCAUCACAAUGGUGUGUCUUUCUUCCUUGCGCAUGUUCCAGCGGGUACACAGUUAUACCACGGUACUUCCAAGUCAACUCCGGUGAAUGGUACUGAAUGGCUUGCCUUUGAACCCGAGCAUGCGAUGGUAUUCGCACGGCCUCAUAGGGGCGGCCCCCCUCGACGUCCGGAGGGCCCUGAUGAUAAGGAAGAUAUAGAUGAUGGACACCAUGAAGAGCUUCGUCGUCGCCAGCAUCAUGGUCCGGGUGAUAAACCUACUGGACCACCGCCUGAUAUGCCGCCGCCUUUUGAUGUCUUCGAGGCUUCCGAGGAGGAGCAGGGUGGCUAUCUUCAUACCUAUGCCACCGCAAAGGAUCUUCGUCUGGUGUAUAUUGAUGGUAUGUCUGCAGCCAAGACGGACAAGGGCACACUUGACUCGCAAGAUGUGCUUUUAUUCAACAAUACGCUGGAUGACACACCGAGAGAUGGCCAACGCGGACCCAUGGGCGAGUUUGAGCGCGCGACCAAGGCAUGUGAAAUGUCAGAGAACGAGUGGGGUGGCCGUAUCGAUGGUGUACUUCGCAUGGAGGCUGGUUUCGAGGUUAUCCUAUGUGCGUUCGAGCGUGACUUGACUCCCGUGCGGAUAAUUCAGGUCCAGUCGGACUCGAGGGAAGGUGGUCGCGCGGGUCGGAUGCAUGAUGGACAUGCCGGUCCGAGGAAGGAUGAUGAUGGGAAGAGAAGAGGUCCUCCGGGAGGACCAGGUGGAGGCAUGGACUCGGCUCGCUGGAUGCGUGCAGUGACUGCGCGGUAUGGUGGAAUCGGAGGGGACAGGGUUUCCCUCAACUAUGACCAUUUCGUGACUGCAUUCGCAUACGACCUGGACCUUUUCCAAGACAACUCGUCCCUACCACGCCUGGGACAAGUCCCUGAUGAUGAACUGGACGUCGUACGCAGAGAUUUGAAUGCACUUGUUUUGGCCCACGAUGCGGGUGAGACCUCCCGCAACUGGCAGGCCAUCACGGACAUGAUUGUGAAGCGAUACAGCGACGAACUGUCCUACCUAGCAUCUGGCGGGUUCAACGAUAUCAAGAGCCUGCACCGACACAUCGAAGCCAUCUUGACCCCGUUCAUUGACUACAGCGAGCGGGACGCUACGUCCGAGGCCGAGCGAUGCGCCACGCAGUUCCUGCCCUUAGCAACGCAGGACUCGCAUGUGGUAGCAGCACGAGCAGUGCACAGCGUUGCACACCGUGUCUGUUCGACUCUGCUAGGAGCCUGGACCGAGGAAGACCUUGAGUCUGCGGUGCAAAAGGUUCAAGCUUUGAUCGACUAUCUGGACUGGACGAGCUGGAAGAAAUGCCGUGGCUGCGCAGACCAUGAAAUCUGCGUGGUGCCGAUCUGGCCUAUGGGAUCGGUGGCCGACUAUGAGAAGCCAACGUGCAGAGAGGCCUCGAGUCCGUACGAUGGCAAUGGGGAGAGUUACUGGGGUGGAAGACACCAUUAACUUUUGGCGUCGUGGGAGUAUAGUUGAUUAAUUAGUCGCCUGAUACCGAAGUAGGUAAAUCAAGAGCGUUUGGGUAAUUUCCGAAUACGUUUGUAAAUGGCACUAUUGGAAUUUCAAGUUGGCCUUUUGGUGACUAUUUGUCAAUCGUGGAAAAUGUUCAUUCAAGCAUUCUA